AUGACAGAAUUGCUGUCACAAGACCAAGAAAAGUUAUUUGCGCCUGAUAUUAGCACAAUCAACUUAAAUGAUCUUGUCAUUUCAAAUAUUGCUGUCACAAGACCAAGAACACUAAAGAGAUUUAUUCAUACUGCACUCCUCUGGUCUUUUAAACUGGUCGCUGAUAAUGCUGCCGUUACUCUGCAAAACCAAAGCGACAAGGAACAGAGAGAGAAAGGUUGUUAUUGUGAGCUCCUUCGAAGGUUCGUUCAUUCGUAUCAAACACAGGGAAUAAGGACGAAGAAAACAGCCUCAACAAACAAAGAAACAGAAUCAUCAAUGGCGAACACGUAUUCGUGGCUAUUCCUCGCGAUUUGCGCCACCGUUUUGCUGCUGUCUUCGUCGCCGACAGCGGAGGCGGGAGCGGUGGGGAUGGAAAUGAUGUGGAUGCCCUCCAUGGAGGAAGAGUUCCAGCUGGACAGUGAGAUCAACCGGCGCAUCUUAGCCACCACGAAUUACAUAAGCUACGGUGCGCUCCAGAGGAACACCGUGCCCUGCUCUCGCCGCGGCGCCUCUUACUACAAUUGCCAGCCUGGCGCUCAGGCCAACCCCUACAGCCGUGGCUGCAGCGCCAUCACCAGGUGCAGAAGCUAA